UCUUACUAAAAGGGGGGUGGCUGUGCAAAGUUUGCAUUGUGUCGUUGUGCUGUCACGGUUUUGUUCGCCAAGGUCGCCAUAUCGUCCUGCGAUAAGGGUAUUGAUCUGAUAGGCUUUUCUAGACAACGUAAGAAUCUAAAUAGAAACCUUCCCACCCAGUCCCUGAUUAAUGUCCGUUUUGUGCCAGUGUCAAAUGUCGCCACCAACGAAAAACAAAAACAGCUGACAACUUUCGGCGGUGUUUAGUUAGUGGAAAUCAUGAAGAAGCAACAUUUCCUCAUUGGAAUUACACUGAUUUGUGUGUUGUUUGUUGUUGUGAGCUUUUAUUCGAGAAGGAUCCAUUCCUCAAACACGAUUUCAGAAGACAUUCCUUUAGAUCGAACGAGAGAAGAACUGAAACCAGCAGAAAAAGAACAAAAACACUAUAUACCCGAGGGUAAUCCUUUUGAUUUGCAUUCACAGAAAAAUGACAACGAUAAUGUCAAACUCAGUCAAUCUAGUCAACCAGCAAAAAUACUGACAACAACAGCUACCUCCCCGACAACAAAAUUAAUGACUACAACAGCAGCAAUAACAAAACAACUCAACGAAAUGAAGCAAAUGUUAUCAUCCCGAAAAGACAAAACUAGUGUUUUAAAAUCAAAUAAUAACACAUUACUAGCAACGAAAAUCAAUCAGGUAGUAAAAGAAAAUUCGUCAAAGUUUUCAAAUUUAGCAAAAGUGAAAAAUACAACAUUGUUGACACCCAAGGUAGGCACUGUCAAUGGCGUGCGUAUUUACUCCUGGAACGGUUCUUGGAGCCUCUCUACCAUGUGCGAGGGGUUAAAGGUCAAAGACUUCCAAGAAGCAACCCUAAACACCAUGUCUGGACAGACACCCAUCUUUGUUUAUUCAGAAACGCAGGACAAAUAUGUCUCUCAUGAUAUCAUACGAACUGGUUGGUGGGAGCAUCACCUCGCGGUUCCCAUGGUUACCAUGAUGCAAAAAGAUCCAUCCUUGACCUUUUUAGAUAUUGGCGCCAAUAUAGGAGCGUUUACAUUAGAAAUCGCAAAAAUGGGUAGGAAGACAAUUUCUGUCGAGCCUUUGAGAGAUAAUAUUCAAAGACUGUGUUGUUCUGUAUAUAAGGGAAAACUUGGAAACCUAAUAACAAUCGUUGCAAAUGCAAUAUCAAACAAACACCUUCAAGUCACACUGGGAAAAGACCUUGACAAUGUAGGCGGGACAUUUGUUAAUAAAGACAACCCUGUAAAAGUAGCCCAGAUAGUUAUGAAUGGUGAGUACUCCACUCCAGUCAACACUAUAUUAUUGGAUGACCUUCUAGGGCUUCCUGAAAAACCAAAACGAGUCUUGAUAAAAAUGGACGUAGAAGGUUAUGAACAAUACGUUUUAGAAGGUGGAACUUAUUUCUUCCAGCAAGUUUUCGUUAAAGCCAUUUUUAUGGAGUGGACAUAUAGUAACAAUCCCUCUAUCAGAGAUUCAAUAAUUAGGUUUAUGGUCAAAAGAAACUUUUUGCCUUACUCAUUGUCAAUGCAUGAAAGCAUACUGGAAUCGCCAUAUGAUGCCUGGCCUGGUAAUAUUGUCUGGAUAAAUCAAAAUAAGGAAUGAAUAAAUCGAUUUCAACCAAA